CAAGUCCUUCCCAUCCCCUGAGAUUCUCGCCGGAGCGCAGGCUUCCUGCCGUUGAGGACUCAUCGUAACGAGUCCGCCCCGGUGCUGCAACUCAGCUCACCAUGGUUUUGCUAUGAGGAGCGCCCGACAUGUCAACCCCGAUCAACGGAGCCCUGCCGCCGCCCAAGCAAAUCCGCUUUGUCAACAACCAAGGCCAGCCCCCGUCCAAGAGGCGGCGGAUCAAUGCAGCAUGCUUGACAUGCCGUAAGAGGAAAACACGAUGUGCGGGGGAGAAGCCGGAUUGCUCGACCUGCAAGAAGAAUGGGCACGUUUGUCUCGGGUAUAACGACAAUGUCGAGAGGAAGAGGGACGACCAAGACAUUGACGGGUUGAUGGCCGUGAAAAGUGAACCCACCGACACAUCUGAUCUAAACAAUGGGCCUGAUGACCGCUACCUUGGAGAUGACAACGAGCUGGAACACCGCCGCCGGAAGAGCAAGGUGGGGCCUCCUAUGGCAGGCUUCGUCGACCAGGACGUCACAUCGAGGAACGGCUCCAUUGCUAGCACGACAGUCACCCCAGGCCGAUCGCGAGAACCCGGCGACGAAUGGAACCAGGAUAGCAAGCCGCAUGAUAGGAAGCCACAGGGUUCGCCCGAGACCAUCAGGCGCCCCAACGUGGUGCAGAAUGCGUCCUAUGCGGAGGACAGCCGAGGUCCAAGCAACCGCUCGCUGGUUCAGUUUGGAUGUCGCCGCGUGCCCUACUUCCGGUAUUUCGGCCGCACUGCCAUAGUACCGGGCUUCAAGCAAAUGGUGGUGAAUCUGGAGCGCGGCAGCAGGCGGAAAAGCCGCGGUAACUCCUUCUCUACAACCUCCCCGGGAUCACUAGUCGGCUACGGCAUGCCUCACAGCCACACCGGGCAUCAUGAAACCGUCUUGGAGACACUCGAGGACCUGCCGGUGUACGACGCGAACAGUUCUGGUCCCGUCCAUCCGUUGAUCAUACAGCUUGCGGAAACAUUCUUCGUCCAUCUCGGCUGCAACUACCGGUUCCUAAGAAAGGAAAGGUUCCUACGCAUGCUGAAGGAGAAGAGGGUAGAGCCCAUCUUGGUCGAUGCUGUAUGCGCGCUAGCUGCUCGAUUCUCAGACCACGCGAUCUUCACCAAUGAACACGACGGCAAGGUGAAGCGGUCCGACUAUGGCCAGGUCUUCGCGCAACGGGCAAAGGCCGCGACUGUCGACACCUUUCCCUGUCCGUCGGUUGGUGCCGUCCAAGCCUGCCUUCUGAUGGCGUACGAGCGGUUCGGUGCCGACCAAGACAGUGCGCUCUGGAUGUACCUCGGCAUUGCUACCAGGAUGGCCGUUGAUAUUGGACUGCACAGGAUGGAGGGUGUCAAGUACCAGGGGGAACGCGACCCAUGGUACACUAGAUACUGGAGCCGCGGGGGCGGUGACGGAUCGGAUGGACCUGACAACAAGCAAGAUGAGGAAGAGACGCUCAGCCCCCAGGAACAACUGGAGGUGGAACAAGAGCGCAUUGAUACGUUCUGGGCCGUCUUUAUUCUGGACCGCGUCAUCUCUUCAGGCACAGGCAGGCCUGUGACCUUUCGAGACUCCGACUUCGAGUUGUCGCUCCCGCCGCCAUCGAUAGACCCAGUUUCCGGCUGGCCCGAUCCGUUCCCUCCCUUCAUUGAGAUCAUCCACCUGUACGGCCGCGUGUCUGAUGUCCUCAACAACCGAGAUUCCAAGGAGCUCACCGAGGAGAAGCUGGACAGUCUACGCAUUAUGAUGAGGGACCUCAUGGCGAUCUACCAUAAGCAGGACCAGCGCCUCAACUUCGACCCUCAGCACUUCCAAGCCUACGUGAAUGCGAACCAGGGCACCACCUUCAUGUUGAUGCAUUUCUGGUUCCAUGCGCUGGUCAUCGUCCUCCACCAGCAGCAACCCGGUUAUCGCGAGAUAUCCAUGUCAAGCGCCAAGUCGAUUGCGGACAUCCUUACCUUCGCCGAGUUGAUCGACUACAAGAGCUUGGUGGGCAAUCCAUUUGCCUCCCAGCCCAUCUAUAUUGCGGCGUGCGCCUUCUUGUCCGAAUCGGUCGCCAACUCCUCGCAGCCUCCGUCUCGGGAAACGUCUCCGACCCCGGAUUUCAGGAUCGACCAUGCCAAGAGCACCAGUUUGAGAUACGGUUCGAGUCAUGACGCGCGGCCAAUGAAGCACUCGCUCCUCGCAUCGGCCGCCAGCCAGAACUACCAGCGCUGCUACAAGUCUCUUCAGCAACUACAUCAAUACUGGGGAGGCGUCGGCUACAUUCUCAAUGUUCUGGACCAGAAGGCGAAGGGCAUCCAAGACUGUGAGAUGUUCACGAACGAGGAGUUUGAGGCCCUCAAAGUGGCCCGGCGAGGGUCGUUGAGGCGCCUUCCCCGGUUGGAGCACCCAUCGUCGCCACAUGUUCCACCCAUCGCGUAUUCCCUCACCGGCACGACGAAUUCCCCCAACUCCAAUCUUACAGUUCUCUACCAGGCCAACCUCUCAGCUCUGCCCGGCGCGGCCGGUUCGGCUUCGAUCACUUGUGGCCCCCCGCCGCCGCCGCCGCCGCCACCGCCACCAUCGAGUGUCCCGGUAUCGGCGGCAACCCCUCCUGGCAACAUGAUCUACGAUCCAAUCCGACAGAGUCUUCCAGAGACGCCCCCUGCGUUCCCGCCCUCCUAUCUGCAACCAAACUUCUCAGACGUCCGUAACGAGCCCCAUACGUCCAAGCCAUACCGGUUAUCCCAGUCGCCGGCUGUUGGAAAGUCGGUAUUGAAGUAUGAAUCGCCAUCGUCAGGCGAUUUGGACCAAAGCAGCCCACGCCGCGACUCCAAGAUCCAGCUCCACACGGUCAUGUCCCGCUCCAACCAAGGCAUGCACAGUUACACGUCUUACAACCACGGCUCGCAUCACCACUCGGGUUACGACUCCAUGGCCCACGACCGCUCGUCCUCCAGCACACCCACGGAUUCUGGCAUGGCCCAACAGAAUGUGGCGUACGGGCAUGAUCACAGCCACAAUCAUCACCACAUCCAAGAAAACGAUGUUGUUCACCAGCAUAACAACAGCAGUAGCAGCAACAACGACAAUGACUACGAAGCAGACUUUGCGCAAAGUGGCCUCGUCUCUGGGUCAUAUUCGUACAUGGGCCUGAACCCGAUCAACGACAUGAUCACGUUCAAUAGCCAGGAGGUCACAUUUGAUGUGCUUGGCCUGCACAGCGACAUGGUGCCGCCUUGGUUUUUGCCAGGGGAUGCCCUGAGUGGCUUGGUAUUUGAAGGCGGGAUGAUGGGGGCGAGCCACCACAUGGGAUAGGCCGUCGCAGAAGGAAGUGGGACUCAUGAGUGUUGAGAUCCCGGGUUGGGAGACGAGAGCAUGAUCAUGUUGAUUGCAUCUGGCGACAUCUACACUUGGCUAUGUUUAUUUUCAUUGUGAUGAUUUGACUAUUUCCCCCCCUGUUCCAUCCGGCUUUCUUAUGUCUUUGUUUUGGUAAUUGCUUCUGCAGUGCAAGCGAAUGCACUGCUUUGGUGCGUUUAUUACCUCGGGCACUCUCCCCUCUCAGUUGAAACGGAAUUGAUGGAUAUCGGCUGGGUUCUAGAGGGACAGAACGGCGGACGUGCCGCAACUAGCUAUCUGCUAGUCUGCUAGAACAGCG